CAGUGUAGUGCGUUGAUUUCAUACCAAAGUCAUACUUAACAUUCCACUUAUACUGUCAAACCUCUGAGAAAUAUUACGGAAAACAACGAGGCGCCAAAUUAUAACAAAGUUACCAAAUUGCCCGGGUGGCUCUCACCGGGACGGAAAAGGGGUGAAUUGGCAGAAUUAAAAAAAAAAAAAGAAAAAAAAAAGUUCGUACCUGGAUCCGACGCUUCUUUCCAGUUCUGCGCCUCCAAGAAGAGAGCAAACAGCAAAAAGCUGCACGCACACACGCUCACACGCACACACGCACACACACACACGGAGAGAAAGAAAGAAAGAAAGGAAAAAAAAAAAAAAGGAUUUGGAGGAAUACACAACUUCAGUCUGGUUUGGACCUCUGCAUCCUCAAAGACAGGACACGUGAUGAUACUUUGCAAAGUCCCACUAAGUGCAUAAUUCAUAGAUCUCCUCCGGAUCCUUUGACAUUGGGGCUCGGGGUCGGGCCCAGGGGGAGCCGCCACCAUUGCGUCCAACGAGUGGAGCGCCAACGGUAGCCCAGAGGAUGGGCUGGACGGGGACAACGAGGACAAGACCAUGGACGGCGACGCCGAGGGCGUGUGGAGCCCGGAUAUCGAGCAGAGCUUCCAGGAGGCCCUCGCCAUCUACCCCCCCUGCGGCAGGAGGAAGAUCAUUCUGUCGGACGAGGGCAAGAUGUACGGUCGCAAUGAAUUGAUAGCACGGUACAUCAAGCUGAGGACAGGCAAAACCCGCACACGAAAACAGGUGUCUAGUCACAUACAGGUGUUAGCACGGAAGAAAGUUCGUGAAUACCAGGCCGGUAUAAAGGUUUCUAGCCACUUGCAGGUUCUCGCCCGGAGAAAAUCUCGCGAGAUCCAGUCAAAGCUAAAGGCGAUGAAUUUGGAUCAGGCAUCUAAAGACAAAGCCCUGCAGAACAUGGCAGCACUGUCGUCAGCACAGAUCGUCUCCCCGAGUAUGAUGAAGAAUCCUCUUCCUCCAUUGCCUCCUGCCCCAUACCAGCCAGUCAGAUUCUGGCACGGUUCAGUCACAGGACAGCCUGGACCUUCUCAGGAGCUGGUUCUAGAUCUCAACCCAGGAAGGACUCCUGGGCUUGGCCGCACCAGCCAUGCUAUCAAACCUUUUGCACAUCCCCCAUACCCAGGCCUACCAGGGCCCGUACAGCCAUCCAUACCAACAGGUUAUGAGACGCUGGGACCCCCUCCUGCGCCGCCCACUGCCACCGCAGUGCCGGUGUGGCAGGAUCGCACCAUCGCCUCCUCGAAGCUGCGGAUGCUGGAGUACUCGGCCUUCAUGGAGGUCCAGAGAGAUCCAGACAAUUACAGCAAACACUUGUUUGUCCACAUUGGACAGACCAACCCCUCCUAUAGUGAUCCGCUCCUGGAAGCUGUGGACAUCCGGCAGAUAUACGACAAGUUCCCUGAGAAGAAGGGCGGCCUCAAAGAGCUUUACGAGAAAGGACCCCAGAAUGCCUUCUUCCUCGUGAAGUUCUGGGCUGACCUGAACAGCAGCGGCAUGCCGGACGGCCCGGGUUCAUUCUACGGCGUCAGCAGCCAGUACAGCAGCAUCGAGAACAUGACCAUCACCGUCUCCACCAAAGUCUGCUCGUUUGGCAAGCAAGUGGUCGAGAAAGUCGAGACGGAGUACGCACGUAUGGAGGGAGGAAAGUGUGUUUACAGGAUCCACCGCUCUCCAAUGUGUGAAUACAUGAUCAAUUUCAUCCACAAACUCAAACACUUGCCUGAAAAAUACAUGAUGAACAGUGUUCUCGAAAAUUUCACUAUCCUACAGGUGGUGACAAACCGUGACACCCAGGAGACCCUGCUCUGUAUAGCUUUCGUUUUUGAGGUUUCCACGAGUGAACACGGAGCUCAGUAUCACGUCUACAAACUUGUAAAGGACUAAACGGCUCUUCAGGGAGGUUUUGGAAAAGCCAGACAAAAAAGCGUCACACAAUCGCUCUCCGACCAGCUCAACCAUCCAGGAAAAAAACAAAAACAACAACAAAAAAAACAAACACCUACUAAAAAAGACAAAAAAAUAACAAGGAUCAAAACAACGCUAGUCCGACUGAGCUAACAUGGACACAUUUAAUGCUUUAAAUAAAAGUAUGCAAGUGAAUCUCAAUGUGCCAUCGUGCCACAGCGUUUUGAAGAAUUGCGGAUGACUAGCCGUUUCCAUGUGUUGAAACAUGCUUUAGAUGAAGUGGGUAAUCGAUGGCGCGUGAAAUGUUUUACUGAGGGAAUGAGAAUGUGUUUGAGUUUGUUGGACAGACUUCUCUAGUAUCCGAGGAGGGAACACUCUGAGCUGUACAUAAGAUUGAAACUGUAGAGAGAAUAGGACCAUGGAAGGGGAAAACCAGAGCCAAGUGGUGUUGUUGCAUUAGGAUUUGUUUGGAAAGCAAGUGCCUUCUCUCCAAAGAUUUUAUCAUUGCCUGCCACUUUGGAUUGCCUUUUUUUUUUUUUUUUUUUACUACCUCUUGUUUUUAACUGAACAUAAAAUAGUCAAUAGUCAUACAGGUGUACUUUGUUUUUAAGAAAAAUUGAAAAAAACAUCUCAGAUUAUCAUCUUUUGAGGCGUUUUUUUGGGGGGGAGGGUCACACAGAGAAAUGGGAUGUGACGACUAAUUUUAAUGUAGCCUGUUUUACAUAAAAUCGUCCCAAGUUUAGAGGGAGAAGGUUAGACAUGUCACCGUGUUAUUACGGUUCUUGUUUUUAUAUAUAUAUUUUUUAUAACACUUCUUUUUUUAAAAAAAAAAAUAAAGAAAUCAGGUCUUACAAGCAUCUAUCUAUAAAUAACUUGACACUAAGGAUGCCUUGUACCGUUGCUAUCCUGACAUGAAUCCGGGGCUUUGCCUUACUUUUGAGAUCCCAAUACUUCUGUUUGAAGACGUGUGCUCUGUUGCACUUAAAAGAUCAAGAAGUGGCGUGCAGCGACAGCAAUGCUUCUUUUCUGCCUUGAGGUAUGUAGCGUAAUUGAAAUAAAAAAAAAAAAUGUUUCUGUACUGUGAGUCAGCAGAUGCUAAAGGAAUAUGUGUUACAUAGGAGUAUUUUCGUGGGGCUUUUCUGUUCAUAUUUGUGAUCAAGUAACGCAGCACAGAGACCAUGGUUAAAGCAGAGCGAAGCUGAUCACUGUUUCUUUUGUUUAAAAAAGAAACAGCACGCUGUGAAGUUGGAUCAUUUGCUUCACCCUUCUCCCUGUUAUGUGUGGAGAAGCUGCAUUUUAUAGAGAAAACUUCAAUUUUAAUAGGCUAUUUAAGGCUCUCUCUUUUUUUUUUAAUAAAGUGACAUUAACCAUGAAAGAAUCGAUCUAAACUGUCUUGAAUGAGAGCUAUAGUCUCUGUGCUGUGGAGUAUGACCAUUGAUUGUUAUUUAUAGGGUUGGAAAAGACAUGGCGGGAGGGCAGGGUGGGUUAAUGGAGACGUGUUAAUUUUCCAUUGUGAUGGAAAUGUUAAAAGUAUUGCAGGCCUCACAACAGAGACGGGAGUAACUGUCACCAGGUGGGUCCUGCUUGACGAGUGUCUGCUCUGUGUGGUUCACUGGACGAUUCUGCUAAUAAAGUUCAAAAUUUAAGAUAUUGUACGGUGGUAUAAUUGCACCUGGCUUUGAAUGUCAUGUUUCACAAGCUAGAUACAAUAACACUCCUCUCUCAGUUUAUCUUUUAUACAGACUUUUUUUUUGCCAUUAUCAAGAUUAAUUGUUUUGUUUUGAUUCUGUUGUCUUUUUGACUUUCAGUGUUUGCCAUAUGCUUCACUGAAAAUAAUGUGUGAUUGCGCUGGUAUUGAUAAUUAAUAUUGAGAUAUCUAAUGUAUCAUAUUCUGAAUGGUGUGGGCAGUUUUUUUGUUUUGGUUUAAGGUGGUUUACUAUUGUCUUUUACCAUUGUGCAUUGCAAUUUUAUACUUUAAAGUAGAGGUUGGACUAUGUAAUCAACAAAUGUAUCUAACAAUACAAGACGCAUGGUGCCUUUGGGGCCAUUUCUCCCCAGAAAACUCAUUAAACAUGUUUGUAAAUUUG